CGUUACUCACACAGAAUUUUGUGUUACUAUAAACUUCAAGCACUGUACAAAUUGUUUGCCUAUUCAGAGAACAGAAAUCCAAGUUUUUGAUGGCUUUUUCACAAUCAAAUUCAAGAGAAUUACAAAACAGAAAAAUCUUAGAGGAAUUACAACUGAAGAAACAGAUGCUAUUAAAACAAGGCGUAGCAACAACACUGAAUACUUCUCUAGCUGUCACACCAACAGGCUCUCCCUCUAAUUUGCCUUCCACACAACCCUCUGAUGGCAUUGCAAUGAGUGCAUCACAAAGAGCUGCCCUGCAUAAUGCUCAUGCAGCAUCGUCAGGAUAUUUUGUAACACAGGACUCUUCUUUUGGCAAUUUAAUUUUACCCGUUCUGCCCAGAUUUGACACUAAGUAAAAUAAUUAGUUCAGAAAUAUUCAAAUUGUACAUAAUAAAUGAUC